AUGGUAUUCAGCGGUGACCGCCAUAACAAGUCACAGCCUAACAACUACCAAGGUGUGAAUCUCUUCUGUUUCCUUGUUGACAUGCAGUGGAAUGAUCCUCGUCUGCAAGUGACUAUGGCCAUUACGGCCACAGCCCUCACAGUUGGAGGCAUAGUUUAUUACCUUACCGACAAUCACCAGAAAACCCUAAGUUUCAACCAUGCCAAGAAGAAGCAGCGAAGUCACUUACAAACUCUAGCACAUAUUGAAAAGGAUAUUGCUACAGUCGAGCGAAAAAUCGAUGAAUUACCAGAAGGAACUACUGCAGAAGCGUUCAGUGUACGAGAAUGCAACGAACUUUUGAUUCAAUACUUGGAACGUUUGGACGCCGUUAUACCUAACGAUAUUCGACAUGGAGAAUUCGCUACAGCUAAAGAACAAGAGAUGAUCAAUAAGUUGAAAACGAAAAAACGAGGCUUGAUAAAACGAGCUCAGAGAAACUUCAAUAAAUUAGACACCAAAGUAUCUCCUCGAUGAUAUAGAUGAAGAAAGAACAAUCGACAACUUCCUGUAUUAUUUUGUAUAGAGAUUCAAUGACAAUUAAAACAUGUAUACUUACAUCAUUGCCGC